GUCGACGCAUCUCCGCGCCCAGGCGGCUCCUCCCCACUGCGGGAACCCGGGAAAACUUGUGAACUAAUCAGAAAAAGCGGAAGGCGGGAGAUCUUGGGAAGCCGUCCAAUGGCGCGGAAGAGAGCAAAUGAGCUGGCCAAUCAGAAACGGCACGGGGGCGGGCUCGCUCGGCGCGAAGUUCGGGCCCGGGAAUUCCGAAGGAGGGGUAGGCGCUGCCCGCGCGCCGAGGCCGCGCCCCUCCUGGCCCCGGCUUCCUGGCUGUCAAACAGCUGCAGCAGUAUCGGCUCCAGCCGAGGAGCCCAGGGGGUCCCGGGACCCGCGGCACAGGCUGGCACUGCUUGAAGAGGAGGCUACUCGGAGACUGCACCGCGCUGAUUGGAGGCUCCCCAAAUAUUUUGCGACCUGAGGAUCCAGCUCAAGUGAGGUGCCAUAGGACGUGUUCCUGAGUUUGCAUUGCACGGAGACCUUCCUGGAAUUUUUCAUUUGCAAGUCGGCUUAACAACCGAUUUUGCAUUGAGUCCUAGGCUGCUUGCACUCUGAAUUUGGACUAUUCAGGUAGUGUGCUCAAAGUUGAAACUUUUGAGUUUGCAUCAGACUAGGAAGCGAACUUAAGCCAGCGGUGCGUGGCCCUGGAGUGGGAAAGGAAAUGGAUCCCUGAAGUGGAAGAGGUGGUGCAAAGGGGGCACCGCCCAUGCUGCCCUGCUUCCAACUGCUGCGCAUAGGGGGCGGCAGGGGCGGUGAUCUCUACACCUUCCACCCCCCCGCCGGGGCUGGCUGCACCUAUCGCUUGGGCCACAGGGCCGACCUGUGUGAUGUGGCUCUGCGGCCCCAGCAGGAGCCUGGCCUCAUCUCUGGGAUCCACGCCGAACUGCACGCCGAGCCCCGGGGUGAUGAUUGGAGGGUCAGCCUGGAAGACCACAGCAGCCAAGGUACUUUGGUCAAUAAUGUCCGACUCCCAAGAGGUCACAGGCUGGAAUUGAGUGAUGGAGACCUCCUGACCUUUGGCCCUGAAGGGCCGCCAGGAACCAGCCCCUCGGAGUUCUACUUCAUGUUCCAACAAGUACGCGUCAAGCCUCAGGACUUUGCUGCCAUUACCAUCCCACGGUCUAGGGGAGAAGCCCGGGCUGGGGCUGGUUUCCGGCCUAUGCUGCCCUCCCAGGGGGCUCCACAGCGGCCUCUCAGCACCCUCUCCCCUGCCCCCAAGGCCACACUGAUCCUGAACUCCAUCGGCAGCCUCAGCAAGCUCCGGCCCCAGCCCCUCACCUUCUCCCCUAGUUGGGGUGGACCAAGGAGCCUGCCUGUUCCCACCCCACCUGGGGAGGUGGGGACCACCCCUUCUGCUCCACCCCCACGCAAUCGGAGGAAAUCUGUUCACCGAGUGUUGGCGGAACUGGAUGAUGAGAGUCAGCCUUCUGAGAUCCCGCCACCAGUCCUUACGGAGCCCAGGAAGAAACUCCGUGUAGACAAAGCCCCACUGACUCCCACUGGAAAUCGACGUGGCCGUCCUCGGAAGUACCCAGUGAGCGCCCCCAUGGCUCCCCCUGCAGUUGGGGGCGGGGAGCCCUGUGCAGCUCCUUGUUGCUGCCUGCCCCAGGAAGAGACAGUGGCCUGGGUUCAGUGUGAUGGCUGUGACGUCUGGUUCCAUGUGGCCUGUGUUGGCUGCAGCAUCCAGGCUGCCAGGGAGGCCGACUUCCGAUGCCCAGGGUGCCGGGCUGGCAUCCAGACCUAAGGUCCACCACCAAGGCACCAUUGGACACACCUGCCCAUGAGUAGACACAGCAGCGAGCAAAUGGGUCUGCUAAAUGCCCCCCUUCCCUUCCCUCCCCAGGAGGGAAUGACUACAGGGAAGAAGGGCGGAUUGAUGUGGACUCAUUCAGGGCCUGGAGCAGACCCCGGUGGCCAAGCUGACAGAAGAGAUGGUUUCCUGCCAAAGAUAUUGCCACCUCCAGGAAAUUGCCAGUGAGCUGGAAGUUCCCACUAUUACAAGCUAUAAGGCCAUGUUGCCAUGGACACCAGAAUAUCUGUAGUCAGAGCACCUAUCAGUUGCAAAAGCCAUGCCUGCAACUGAUGGAAAAUGUAAGAGGGAGUUCUUAAGGUUCUUGGUGGCAUCACCCAAGGCAUUCUGGGAAAACCUAGGGCCUGUCCCCAAAACUUCCCUACUCCGUGGCUAGUCCUGCUGCCGACCAAAUCGUAGUGACCUGGCUUUUCAGAGCUUUGCUUUUAUUUCUAAGUCAAGGACAAGCAGCUUCAUUCACUCCUGGGUAUUUACUCUUGUGGGUCUUUGAUAUUCCUUGCUUUCCAGGGAGAAUGUACUUGGCAAGGUCUGGAGAACUAAUUCAGAAUCUUAGGGAAAGGGGAGGAGAGAUGGAAAUCCAACCUGCUUACUGGAAAGGUGCAAAUAUAUGAGUUGAGCUGGAGGUAGGAAUACAGGUAAUUAAGGUUUCUAGUUUAAGGGAAAACAGAUCUAUUUCCACUUAAAUAAGGUAACCGGGAUUUGGUUAAGUUCACAAAGAUAGCAGAAGAUUUAUUUACAGGCUUCACCCGUACCAUCAGGGGAAGAGAAAGCCUGGUAAACCAGCUAUAGCAGUUUACCAGUGUGAUGGCUGCGACACAGCUCCGCUCCACAGGUGGACACAGCAGAGGGCAACUGGGCUGGCCUGGUCCAGUGUGAAUCAAACUGCUUAACCCACACGUGGUACAUGUGAUUUUCUUUUGUGAGCCUUACACCAAGCCAAGCUAUUGUCAAAGCAUCAUUUCAGUAGAAAUAAAGCCUUAUCUUGACCUGUUCUAUUACAA